AUGUCGCUCAAGAACCUACUUCAGAUCGCCGACAAGAAUGAGCACCUGAAACUACCGACAGCGGAUUUUGUGCGCAUGGAGCACGCCAGCGGCGUCCUAGGCUCCAAGCUUGGUUGUGACAUCCUCCUUAAUUCGAACGGUAUCUUGUUCCCGAUACAUUCAGCGUGGGCGCUCAGUGGUCCAGCUGCAGACUGGAUGCUGAAGUGUCUCUUCCAAGGCACUCCACAGCGACCGUGCGAGAUACCUUUUCCUGCUUUCUCCCCCAUCGUCGUGGACCGAUUUGUCAAUUGCAUCUACCUCGGAACAUACCAGCGACACAUCGACACCGAAGUAUCUAACAUCGCCCAUGCGGAGAACAAGCCUGAUACGCUGUACAAGGACUUCACUCAGAAUAUGAAGUCGGUGGAGUUCCAUCUGGAGGUGAUCAAGUUCGGCGAGUUCCUAAAGUACCAGGCUCUGAUCGAUACGGCCUACAUCAAGCUUAUCGAGCAGCUCAUAUCCCGGGGUCGUUUCGGACCGGCAUCGAUGAAAGGCUUUGUGGACUGGAUGUACGGUGAGGACAAAAUCUGCAAAGAUCAGGGAGGCGUGCUGCAGCAACUCAUUGUGGCAGCUGCUAUCAUGCAUGAGCAGAAAGUCUGGGGACAGAGUCAGCUUGAUGAAUUCCUUGGUCUCGUCCAGAACCAUGCGGACUUCCUCGAACAUCUCAAGACAGCAAAAGAGCUGUACAAGACGCUCUCGGGAUCACCGGCAAAGUCUCAAAAGAACAAGGCCUUGAAAAGGAAACAUCUCACUGGCAACUAG